AUGGCGUCUAUUGUGGAUCUGUUGGUCCGACAGAGGACAGCUGAUAGUUUUGGUAUAAUUUGCAAUUUUGAUUUGUUUCCUUUUAUUCCUUGUAGCCCUCCACGUUCGUUGACUCCUCAGCAGCCUCGCUGCAAUUCAGAAAUAGAUACGCAUAGCAAUGGAGAGAAAAACAGCUCACAGUCUGAAGAAGAUUAUCUUGAAAGAAAGAGAGAAGUAGAAAACAUAAUGAAGAAAAAUGCUGAUUGGAUCUGGGAUUGGUCAAGCAGGCCUGAAAAUAUCCCCCCAAAGGAAUUCCAGUUUAAACACCCAAAGCGUUCUGCCACGCUGAGUAUGAGGAAUACUGGAGUCAUGAAAAAAGGUGGCAUUUUCUCAGCUGAAUUUCUGAAAGUCUUCCUACCUUCCCUGCUCAUCUCCCACAUGUUAGCUAUUGGUUUGGGAAUCUACAUAGGCAGACGCUUAAGUACCCCAUCCAGUGCUGUUUAAGGAUAUCCAAGUGAAGGUGCAUGCUUGUGAUAUGUGGCAGAUCCUGUGAAGACAUCUUCAAAAGCAGCCAUUGGCAAUGGCCUGUUUGCCUUUCCUGUAGCUCCUCCCCAAGUGAUAAUUACAAUGUCAAAGACUGUUCUUUAUUGAUUAGCCCCAUCCCCUCACUGCCUAGUUAGACUGUAUCUAUUCGAAAUAAUUUUCAUGUAACACAAAUAUCAUUGACAUUGGGAUUUAAUUUUCAUGGCAACCAUUUCACGAGUUGUGAAAUAUUUUAUAUGGAAGUGAAACUGAAUAAAUGAGAAAUUUUGAGUGAUAAGAAUAGCAGUUCAACAUAUCGCUGAGACAGUUGGAUGUGUGACAAUUUUUAGGUUAAUCUUCCCUCUGGGAUGGAUGUGUAGGCAUUCAACCUACUCUCUAUCCUUCUUCAGUGUUCCAUCAUAGGGAAGAAUUCCUUCUUUAAAACAUUGUAACUGAUAAUGAAAAGGAGCUAUUGUGUGAGAUCCAUUGUUAUUUCUAGUGAUGAAGAAAAUGUAGAAAGGACAGAUUUACAGUAUUUAGUUAAAGCUGUGAAUGAACUGAAAUACAUGCAAUUAAAGCGUGAUGUAGCUGACACUUAUAAUUGAACAUUGGGGUGUUUGAAAAGUUGAGAUUUGGCAUUACAUUUUAAAUCAUUAAAUGGGACUAGAUCAACAAUUGAGAGUUUUGUUUGAAGUUUUUAAAUCUUUUAAAAGCCAAUUUAUUAAGUAUACUUUGUGUAUAGUUGAUUCAAUUUCAGUGCACAAUUUUUCAUUGAUUACACUUGUGUUUGUCUCGGUAAUAAAUUACAGUAAAAAUAUCCCAAGAUAUGACUACAUCCAUAAAUGUACUGGAUCAUAUGUGAAAUUUUAAAAGGUAGCUUAAUACUUAAUGUACUAAUUAGUAUGAUUAUAGGCUUGUUUAGACUAUAUGUAAAAAUAACAAACCUACAGUGAAACAUCUUGAUCAUUACAUUGGAGGUAACCCACCUGCCUGUUGGAUAACUGGAGGUCCCAGAAUUUCACUCCGAUUCUGGUGCAGUAAUUCUUUAGGUAAAGGAAUGAAAAUAUAUACAAUGUAAAUAAUAAAUGAAGCAUUUGCAGGCUGUGUUGGCAGUGUUUCACUGAAGCAUUGUCACAUUAAAAAGUCUAGUAAUUAUAGUCCAAACCUUUUACAACAGGCAUUUAUGUGCAAAUGUGAUUUACCCUCUCUACCAGAUGCUUAGGCUGGCAUGAUAGCAUUAAUAAAAUCACUUCAAUUCCAGUUAGUUAGCCUUGAGUGGCUGCAAAGCAGAUUUUGUAUUUUACAGUUUUAAAGACUCCCACAAGGAGCAUCAUUAAAAUUUCAGUGCUGCUUUUUAGGGUAGGUCAGCUUCUUAAUCUUUACUAUUUUGCUAGAUUAAGGCCAAAGUCAUCAAUGUGGUACAUGGAAUAAAUGAAUAAGAAUGAAAGAGAAAUUUGGAAGCAUGUGUGGUAUCUUUGGUGAUGCUCUUUUAAAUUGUACAAACAACUGAAGUUUAAGGGCAAUAAAAUCUGUGAGAGUAAGACUUCUGUUACAUUCAGUGCACCUUAAUGAAAUGUGAACUAAUCAUUGUUGGUUCUGUUUGAAGUAGAGUAUCCAAGAUGUUAUUACAAAAAGCUGUGAAACUGUUGUUAAUGAAAAUGGAUAGCAUUGUUCUUUGGCUAAUGUAAGCAACUUUGAUUUAAACAACUCUGAUUUAAACAUGCACAUUUGAUGUGGUGGGAUCUGUAAUUGGAAAAAUACAUAAUUGGAAUGUGAUUAAUGGUGCUUUCACUGUUCUUUGAUUUGAACUAUUGAGGUGACGAGCUAAUGUGUCAAAUUUUGCACCAUGUUAUGUUGUAUGUUUAAUGCUUGUAAUCCACAUGGACAUGGUCUAAUAAUUUGCUUUAAAUGCUUGCAACAUAAAAAUAAAAGCAUUGUAUGAUUAUAUUUCA